CUCGGAGCGUUACUGUUCCCUUCUCCCCCGAUAUGGACAACUUGAAGUCGGCGCUUUCUCUCGCGUCGUCUCGCUCCUGCGCUCCGAAGUUGGACGUCUGAGCGGAUUACAAAGCUCGGCCGAGAGGUCAUUUCAACGUGGGGGGGAUAAAAGCCAUUGUUUGUGGUCGUUUGACCGAAGGAAGCGGAGCGACAUGCCUGUUUCAACUCUCUUGCCUUUCGCAGCCACCCCGAGUCGGAAGUCUGCCAGCCCGACCUCCUUCAGGUUGACGGAGAAAUUCAUCCUGCUUUUGGUGUUCAGCGCUUUCAUUACGCUGUGUUUCGGUGCCAUUUUCUUCCUGCCCGACUCGUCCAAGCUGCUCAGCGGAGUUUUCUUCCAUUCCUCCGCCGUGGAGACGAACACCCGCACCGGUCCGGACGGGGGCGGCGGCGGCGGAGCCGAGUCCGGCUCGGCUGGAAACGACGAGAAGGUCCUGGCCAAAAUCAAGAAGGACCACGAAAAAGCCUUGCUCGAGGCCAAGGAUACUUUACAGAAGCGUCCCGACGAGAUCAAGCAGGACAUUUUGAACGAGAAGGAGAAAGUUGCUAAGGAGAGUUUGGGUCAAGGUGGGAAGGCUGUCAACGAUUUGCCUGCCGUCGAGUACCACAGACCCCCGGGGGCCACCGGGCACGAACCCCUGGACCCCGUAACAAGGCAGCGGCGGGCGAAAAUCAAGGAGAUGAUGAAACACGCGUGGGACAGCUACCGACGCUACGCCUGGGGUUCCAAUGAGCUCCGGCCCGUCUCCAAGCGAGGCCACUCCAGCAAUCUGUUUGGAAGCAUCAAAGGCGCCACCAUCGUGGAUGCUCUGGACACGCUCUACAUCAUGGAGAUGUUUGACGACUUUGACGCCGCCACCGAGUGGGUGGAGAAGAACCUCGACUUCAACGUGAACGCCGAAGUGUCCGUCUUCGAGGUGAACAUCCGCUUCGUGGGAGGCCUUCUGUCGGCGUACUAUCUGUCCGGCAAAGAGGUUUUCCGCAGAAAGGCGGUGGAGCUGGGUGAUAAACUGCUGCCAGCAUUUAAAACUCCCACCGGCAUCCCCUGGGCUCUUCUCAACCUCAAGAGCGGUAUCGGUCGCAACUGGCCGUGGGCGUCGGGCGGCAGCAGCAUCCUGGCCGAGUACGGAACGCUGCAUUUGGAGUUUAUGCACCUCAGCAAACUGUCGGGGAACCCCGAGUUUGCGCAGAAGGUGAUGAACAUCCGCAAAGUUCUGAAUCGCUUGGAUAAACCUCAGGGACUGUACCCCAACUACCUGAACCCAAACAGCGGCCAGUGGGGUCAACAUCAUGUGUCGGUGGGCGGCCUGGGUGACAGCUUUUACGAGUACCUGCUCAAAGCCUGGCUCAUGUCUGACAAGACGGACGACGAGGCCAAGAAGAUGUACUACGACGCGCUGCAGGCCAUCGAGAGCAGCCUGAUGAGGAAGUCGAGCGGCGGCUUGACGUACAUCGCCGAGUGGAAGGGAGGCUUACUGGAGCACAAGAUGGGUCACCUGACCUGUUUCGCCGGCGGCAUGGUGGCGCUCGGUGCCGACGGGGCCCCCGGCGACAAGACGGGGCGCCAGAUGGAGCAAGCGGCCGAGAUCGCCAGGACCUGUCACGAGUCCUACUCCAGAACCGCUUUAAAGCUGGGCCCGGAGGCGUUCCGUUUCGACGGCGGCGUGGAGGCCAUCGCCACGCGGCAGAACGAGAAGUACUUCAUCCUGCGGCCCGAAGUCAUCGAGACCUACAUGUACAUGUGGAGGUUCACUCACGACCCAAAGUACAGGGAGUGGGGCUGGGAGGCCGUCCAGGCCUUGGAGGAGCACUGUAAGGUCGAGGGAGGCUACAGUGGCGUCAGAGACGUCUACGCGUCCACGCCAAACCACGACGACGUGCAGCAGAGCUUCUACUUGGCCGAGACGCUCAAGUAUCUGUACCUGCUGUUCUCCGACGACGAGCACAUCCAUUUGGAGCACUGGGUGUUCAACACGGAGGCUCACCCUCUGCCCGUCAUCAGGAAGGAGCCACCGGAGCGCACCAACGAGGUGGAGUAGAACUUCUGGAAGCUUGUGCAACCUGUCCAAGGUUUGGAUUCCUCCGGACUGGAAGUCGACUUUUCUUUACCUUUUAGUUCUCGGGCGGGAUCAAAGCCGACUUUGGUCUGUCGCGUCUUCUCUCGGGUAUUUAUUUUUUUCCACCACUCAGCCGUGGUCCAGUUUUUUUUUUCCCCGGCUUCCACGACGACUUUUUUUGCGAUAUCUCGGACGCCGUCUUAGGCGCUGGCGAGAGGAUGACAAGAUGGACGACAUCCCUACCGCGUCGUGGUUGACACAAAAAGCCUAAUUUGGCCUUCAAGAGGCGGAGACAGGAAGUUUGCACUUGCUGCCCCGCGACGUCACUUCCUGUGAUCGUGUUUACAAGAAGACACCAUCUUCGACUUGUUUCAGCUUUUUUUUACGUUUGAAAGCUUUUACUUCAUCAGCGUAGCAUUGGAAGGCACUUCAAAAGCAAAAAAAAACAAACAAAAAAAAAAGGCGGGGGGGGUUAAAUUAUUACAUCUUCACAUGAGUGCAUAUUGAUGAAAUAAUUACAUAUCCAGAUAGCCCUCAUCAAGACUUUUAAUUUGAGGUAUGACUUGAUGCUAAAGUGUCAAACCAACAAUGUAGCAUUGUGACGCUAGAACUAGCGUAGCCUGAGAUUUGCGUCCAAAAAUUCUGCCUUCACAACGGAGAAUAACGCUCACUUCUCAUUGACUCUUUGUGGGAAUUAUUCAUCAUUUCUUAUUUGAUUCAUCAGCCAUUUUGUCUGUUUACAUUUUAUUGCGUGAGUAGAAACAAUAUUGGAGCGCUUCCAUUUUGACUCUUUUUUUUGGGAACGUCAAAAACUCACAUUAAUGAUGGAGAGGCCUUAAAGUGAGCUUCAACCAAUGGCAUCAUGUUUGCAACGGCAGAAUUAUUGGACCGGGAUAUCUGGAGCAGCUGUUCCGAAUGUUAUGACCAGGCGGGUAGGACAUUUUCUUGCUGUGUGAGACCUCUCAAGCAGACGUCAACUAGUCUUUGAACCUCACUGUUUCAAGCUUUUAAUCUUUCCCAGGCCCACUAACAAGAGUCCCGCUAGUACUUUUUUCAUCCGGAAUCAAGCAGCUAGUCGCCCAAACCGUGCUUUUAGAUGUUUUUCUUCGUAAGUCUUCAGCUGCAGCACGAGAAAGGCUGCCGUAGCGAGUCAACGCCGCGUCCUUGUUGCUCAGCUGGCGGCGACGCUGCGGUCGGUUUGACGGACGCUUGUCGGUUCGGCGGCCGUGUCCCCGCGACGCCUCGCCCCAAAAGCCGCUUUUCAUCUCGUGCCUUUGCUUUGAGGCGAAACCGGCUGUGAAAUAUGAGCGCUGUAGCUUUAAGAGGGGAGCGGGUGCAGUGAACCCCCGUCCAUCUAUGGUGGGAUUUCAUCUUUCGCGGGGAGUUACACUUCUGACCCACACCGCCGAUAAAUUAGGGAUAGCGUUAUAUUUAAAGACCAGAAUGGUGGGGGGCAGGGGGCUCUUAUCUCAGAUUUUGGCUCCUUUCUAAAAGCCACUUAUAUCUCAAGGCACCGCUUCAAUUGGAAAAAAUAUUUAAACACACACAGAACAGCAACACAUAAACGGAGCAUACAAUAAUACUCACAAGUAUACAGCACUGGGAGCAAAAAAUAAUAAUAAUAGAAGACAAAAAAAAAAAAACACUGGACUUUGUGGUAUUGUGAGCGUUUUUCAUGUGAUUCAAAUAAAUGCUCUAAAUGAAAAUAACUCUAAAGUCAGAGUUAAUGUGAAAACCCUGAAACACAUUCACGUCGAAAUUCUGCGAUAUAACGAGGAACACCGUACGACGUCAGAGGCGCAGGCAGUUGUUUAGCUGGUGGUGUGCGCCCCCUUCCCGGCGGACACGGUUAUUAACCUGCACCGGAAUGGCUGCUAGCAAGUGUUUUCCUGUACUACACUGACACCUAGCGUUGGGAGGGCUCCAUUACAGCCAUCUGUACAGUGUGACGCAUUUCCGGGAGUUUGUUGGUGGCAACCCAAUCUGCACGGCCACUCCACUUCGACAAAUAACAUUUAUGAUCCCCACAGCCAGAACAUAACAUCCAUUAAUAAUACUUUGAGCGUAACACGUCAAUUGCUGAAAUAUGACACUUUCAAACCAAAAUGGCCGACUACCUUUGCGUUUCACAGCAAGGGUUCUGUGCUGCGUCCUGUCAUGAUGAACAUGCGUGCCGGAUUUGGUGUCAGUCGGCCGCACUGGUGCCGGAUGGCAAAAUAUUUAUUUUGGAACCUUUUUGCGUGCAUUUUAUGGCUUGGUUGGUUGCAGAUUGGGUCCCCACGAGCCUCGUGGCGCCCCAUCCAGUCGAUGUUCGCAUUUACUCUCUGUACAACACUGACGCCCAGUGGACAGAGGGCAACAUAACAGCCGGUUUCAGACAUUUCCUGGAGCUGAUUUUUGUAUUUUGUAUUUGUAUUUCUUUUUUUCCCUUCAAUUACUUUUUAAACCUGAAGACAUGACACUGGGAGCAUUUUGUUUCAAUUCAACUCGUAGCUUCUUUUUUUUUUUUUUUUUCUUUUGGAUCACAUGAGCAGUUCUCACAUUUUGGGAACUCCUUCGUGAACUGAGUAAAGUGUCCGAAAUAAGUGAUCAUUUUUACACUGUUGACGUCAUCAAAUAACGCACUUCGUUUAAAGGACCCCAAAAAAAACAACAACAACGAUCAAACCGAUCAGGUCGUGAAUCAAGGAUGUUUAAUUUUUGCGAUUUAUGUUUGUGAUUGUCAUGUUCGAUUGUGUUAAUUUAUUAUUACUGCUACUGUGUAAGUUUGUUAUUUCCGGGAACAACAACAAACAACAACGUCAAAGAGGAAGCAACAUAUUCAAACAACAACAUAAUCUUGGAUGGACAUCAAAGGGUCAAGUUGGUUGUCAGGACAACGUGUGAAUGUACCAACCAAUGUGAAGUGAAAUAACUUUCACACCUUUUGUUGUUUAUUUUGCCCUUUUUUUGGUGUCUUUGUAAUUUUUUGGCCAAUUGUAUUUUUAUGUCCAUUUCUGUUUUUCUUGUUCAUUUUGGUUCUUUUAUCUUAUUUUUUUGUCCGUUUCUGUUACUUUUGCAUUUUAUUAUUAUUUUUUUUAACUUGUUACUUGUUUACUUGUUUCCUGUUAUUUUUUGGGCAUUUUUAUUUUUAUUGUUGUUAUUUUUUUUAUUCUUUUUAAUGUGUUUUUCUUUUGAUAUUUUUCGUCCAUUUUUGUUAGCUUAUUUUAUUUUUUUGACCUUUUUGUUCAUUUUUUUGUCUUAUUUUCCUUUUGUCUGUAUUUUAGUUUUUGUUUAUUUUUUAUUAUGUUUGUUGUUAUAAAUGUCUUUUGCGUGUCUUAUGUUUGUAUUUUAUUUUUACUUGUUCUCGUUCUGGAGAGGACAAUAGCAUGACGACGUAUCUUCAUCUUGGUCGUCGUCUUCAUUCGUAUUUGAUUUCUUUUGUUUGUGUUCAAAAUCUUCCUUUGGUCCACUUUUUAUGUUUCUCUUUUUCUGUUGGUCUUCCGCUAAGAGCAAUUUUUUUCCCCCCCCCCCUGCCAAACUCAAAUCACCUCUCUGUAACCCAAACAUAAUCAAAACAUAAUUUAUGGCCAUAAAUGAAGAAUAAAUAACACAUUACAACAAAUGUGCCGGGGCGGGGGGACAUUUUACAACAACAACUUUUGUUUCCUUUUGUUUGUAACGAUGAAGUUACGAAAGAUAAAAUGUAAAUGAUAGAGGAAAAAUCCACUUUGUGGUCCAAAGACACUUUUCACUGCGUUGGUGAUUUGAGUUUAUAAUUAGUUGAUGCUAAUUGAGCAUAUUUUUAGGGGAUAUAUUUGUGACAAUCUGGAGGGGGGGGAAAGAAAACCAAAACCAACGUUUCAGUUUCCAGGCUGCACACCAACAAAAUGUAAAGUGCUGACGUCGCUCGAAAGUUUGACUCCAAAUGAAAAUCAUUUGAUUCAGUAGUUCAAUUCAAAAAGGGAAACUGGCAAAAAGAUUCCGGAAGACACCGAGAAAUGGUUUUCACAAGUCCGAUUGCGGCCUUAUUUUGAUGGGAAAAUCUUUUCAAAUUGGGAUUUUAUGCCAGGAUUGGAAUAUUUAAAACAAGUUUGGCGUUUUUGAGAUGAAGGUAGCCUUUCAAAUUCAGCUUUUAAAAGCGGUUCGGGUUUCAGGACAGGUUUAGCCUUUCAAGACUGGCGGCUGGUGGUUUUAGAACUGGGAUAGAUUUUCAAAUUGAAAGACUUUGAAGCCUUGAUGGGGUUUCAAGACAGGGUCGGGGGUUUUAAGACUUUUUCAAGUUUUCAAAUGCUGGUUUGUCCGAGACAAGAAAAGUCGGAUCUGUUUCCAUGUGCUCAUUUCUAGAUGACAAAUCAUUCUAAUUUGUUGCGAUGGUGAAUUUGUCUAGCUGUAAGAUAUAAUGAAAACUGAAAUUAUUAUUCAUAUUUCAUUGUGUGUGCAUGUAGUGAAUUAUCUGUGAAAUGUAUGACCUUCACUCUUUUGAGUUGAACUACUGAAUUCAAUGUUGGAUUUUCAAUGGUUUUCAAAUUGAUGGAGAUGAACGUGCACAUUUGAAGGAUUUCGGAAAACGUACGUGACAUUCAGCUUCCCAAAAUAUUUGACGUGUCAGUUUUGUUGCCAACUCAGUUUGAUGAGUGACUUGUAUGAUGUUUAAUAUUUGGAAUAUAUCUUUAGUUCAGAUGUGAACAUUUGGCGAGGAUCAUUCCAGUUUAUUUUCAUUUGUGGACAAAUGUUUUAUGAUUGUGUUUUGAAAAAAAGAAAAGAAAAGAUAAUUAUUAUUAUUAUUAUUAUUAUUAUUAUUCCUAAUAUUAUUGUAAAUAUUGGGUAGUGGCCGAGAAGCCGCUGGACAUUUCCCCGGAGAUUUGUGGAUUCCAAUUGAGCUGCAGACUUUUUUCAUAAACUAUAUUUGUUACACUUCUAUAGUCAACAAUAAAAAUGAGAUUUUAUUAGG